AUGCCUGGGGUUCCGUUGCCGGACGGAGUGAUCGUCGCAUUCAGUGAGACGGUCGUGAGUCUCGGUGUUGUACUGGAUAGCAAACUUACUUGGAGACCGCAGGUGGAUGCUAUCACGAAAAAAGUCAACAAAGCCCUGUAUAGCCUGCGGUUUAUCAGGGGCUGCACCACUGAGACUCUCCGCAGAAGGCUAGUUGAGACACUUAUACAACCGCACAUCGACUAUUGUGCUGUGACUAUCCUGGACGCGUCUACCGAACAACGAAUACGGUUACAGAGACUGAGCAAUUCGUGUGUGAGAUUCAUCUUCGGGGUUGGGAGGGAUGAACACAUCAGUCCCUACCGGAGGCGUCUAGAAUGGCUUCGCACCGAUUCCAGAAGGCUCUACUAUGAGACCAUUCUACUCUACAAGGUAAUUCGGAUCGGUGAACCCUCGUAUCUGGCCUCAUUUUUCAGCAAACACGAGCCGAGACCCUCCAGUAGGAGAGUUCCCCCGGAACUGAGCAUCCCUACCGUCAGUACUGAAACCGGGGCUAGGGCCUUCCAGGUCCAGGGUGCUCGGUUCUGGAACUCUCUCCCUUCUACUCUACGAAACCUGCCAUCUCUCGCUUCCUUUAAGGGAGCACUACGGCGGCACCUGCUGGCCACGGAAUCUUGA